AGUUAUUAAAAGGGGGCUGCGCUCGGGAGCAGAAAGAUAUUGGUUUCAUAACACAGCAGUGGUAGGUGUGUUGAGGCUUGUUUUGAGUAGCAUGAUGAGGCUUGCCUCGUCGCACAAAUCCAACCUACACGUUUGAUCUCAAGGCGACGCGCAAAUAACAGGACGUAUUUCCAGACUUCAGGGUCCAGGGUGAUCGACGAGCGGCUGUCCGGAGGGUUUCAAAGUGGACAUUCGAAGAAGGAAAGCGUGAUUUUGUUUUUUUUACUGGCUGUUUACAUAUGCAGUCCUCGGGAAAGUUAAAGGGGGCCGGUCUCAUUGAAGGGGAUGAAGGGCGCAUGGUAGGAGGGCAGCUGAUGGUCCUCUCUCACCAGCACAGCUUUUCUGCACUGAGGAGGAAUUCGUGUGAAGGGGGAGGCGCCCGAGCGAGGCGAGCAGCACGACUGCUGCCCGAAUUUAACAAUUAACCUUGAUGAACACAAUGGUUUCACUUGACAGGCGCAGGUGCGCGGAGUAUGCGAUACGGCGCAGCUGAGCGAUUCCGUGUUUGUGACCGGACACUGACGCAUUUUAUGCCACACACAACACAUAAACUACACGGAUAGAGGAUAUUUCAGCUGAUAUUUAAUUUUUUUCCACGGGACAGGAUGCACGUUGCAAUGGGAGCCCGUCCGAUACUCAUUCUCUUGCAGAAUCCGAAUUCAGGAGCAUUGUUGAAUUGAUUUGGAGACUUAUAUCGGAAUUUGACCGCCGUGUCAUUGCCCAGUCUACCAGUCCCAGCAGCUGAAAGGCAUCUUCUUAGCGGCAGAGACAAGAAGGGGGGGAAACUGUCCAAUUCACUACUCUCUCCAUCUGCGCCCUGGACGGCUUGAAAUGAGGACCACAUCCGGGCUGUGUUCCGUGUGAAGAGGCAAGCGGGGCGGCAGUUUCUUCGGCUCUCAAGGACGCAAAAAAAGUGGCCGCCGGCCGAGCUGCGAGGCAUGGAGCGGGACGACACCGACACCGUGAGCGCGUCCAAAAAGACAAUAAUUGCGAAAAUAUUUAAAGUUCGCAAGAGGAGGGAGAUGCUUUUUGUUCAGGUGUGCUUUAUCUGCAGUGUCCUCUUCGUGGCGUGGAGCAUGUCGGCGCUGUUGACCAAGACAGGCCAUGGGAUGAUAGUGGAGGGACACCCGGACAUUGAGCAUUGGGGAAGACGGCUAAUGGCUUCAGUACUGGACAACGAAACAGAGCAGAAGAACUGUUCAGCGCCAGCAAUACACGAGUUCCCCGAUGACCUUUUCACCAUCCAAGAACGAAAGAGUGGGGCUGUUCUGCUGCACAUCGUGGCGGCACUCUACAUGUUUCUGGCUCUCGCUAUAACAUGCGACGAAUACUUUGUGACAUCGCUGGAGAAGAUCUGUGAGAAACUCGAUCUGAGUGAAGAUGUCGCAGGAGCCACCUUCAUGGCAGCUGGCAGUUCUGCACCAGAGCUGUUUGCAUCCAUCAUUGGUGUCUUCAUCACCCACGGUGAUGUGGGGGUGGGGACCAUCGUUGGCUCAGCAGUCUUCAACAUCCUUUGUAUCAUUGGUGUCUGCGGGAUCUUCGCUGGACAGGUGGUGAUUUUGACCUGGUGGGCAGUUUUCAGGGAUUCUUUCUACUACACCCUGUCUGUUUUGGCUUUGAUUGCAUUCAUCUACGAUGAGAAGAUAGUUUGGUGGGAAAGUUUGGUGCUGGUAGUCAUGUAUGCUGGAUAUAUCCUUGUCAUGAAAUUCAACUCCAGCAUGCAGAGAUUUUUCAUGGGGAAGGGGUCAAAGAAGAACGUGGCCAAUGGUAACGCUGCAGCCAGCAGUGAGAUGGAGGAUGGUAAUAUUAGUUAUGACUCUGUUUGGGAUGACGACCCGUCAUUGCCUUUACUCUCAACAGUCAAGCCUAGCAAGGCUUACAGUCGUGGAUCGGUGGUGAUGGUGGACGAGAUCAUGAACGCCAGUCCUUCAAAGUACAGGUUCCCAGAAGCUGGCCUCCGUGUCAUGGUCACCAGCCAUUUUGGACCCAAGACCCGUCUGCGUAUGGCCAGUCGCCUCAUCAUUACAGAGCGCCAGAAGUUGGUCCAGGCUGCCAAUGGAGUGGAGACACAAGUGACUGACGGGAAGGUUGAAAUCGAGAAUGGAAACGUGCCAGAAGACAAACCCACCGAGGCGGAGGAAAACGACACCAUCUCGCCAUUUCGUCUUCCAAGGAAUACUGGCAGCAAGGUGAAGUGGCUGCUCUCGUGGCCUCUGCUCCUGUUGCUGUACUUAACCAUCCCGAACUGUGCCAAGCCUCGCUGGGAGAAAUUCUUCAUGGUCUCCUUCAUCCUGUCCACUGUCUGGAUUGCCGUCUUCUCCUACGUCAUGGUCUGGAUGGUGACUAUAAUUGGGUACACUCUGGGAAUCCCUGAUGUCAUCAUGGGCAUCACUUUCCUGGCAGCAGGCACCAGUGUCCCAGACUGCAUAGCCAGUCUCAUUGUGGCUCGCCAAGGUUUGGGAGAUAUGGCGGUGUCCAACACUAUUGGCAGUAAUGUGUUUGAUAUUCUAGUGGGACUGGGGCUUCCCUGGGCGAUACAGACCAUGUGUGUCAGCUAUGGAUCGGAGGUGAUGAUUAACAGUCGGGGCCUGGUGUACUCAGUGGUGCUUCUGCUGGGCUCUGUGGCCCUAACGGUGCUGGGGAUCCACCUGAAUAAAUGGAGGCUGGACGUGAAGCUGGGCGUGUAUGUCCUAGUCUUGUACGCUAUCUUCCUCUGCUUCUCCGUCAUGAUCGAAUACAACGUAUUCACCUUCGUCAACCUGCCCAUGUGCAUGGAUGACUAGAGCACAACAGCAUGCCUCGGAUACCAAAACCUCAACGCUCCCACAGCAACCCCCAAAUCCUUUUUUCAAUAAUACUGGACCUAUCUGCAGACUCUUUUUCCUCCUUCCUUGCGUUCACUCCCUUGUAAUCCUUUUAGUCCCAAAUAUGAAUCUCAUUUCCUCAAGAGGCAGUACACGCUGUAAGAGUGGACUCCAUUCUAUGUAUCCAAUUUGUCCUCUUGUCACACAGUGCCAGUCCUUAAUGCCAAUUAUUUUGAGCAUUGCCUGUUAUUGCAGUGAAGUCCUUAUUUCCUCUGUGCGCCUGUUAACUUUCUACCCAUCUAGCAUGCCUUUUAGAUGUUGGGGACCUCCAGAAUCAUACGUGUCCCUGUUGUUUGUUGGUGUGUGUUUUCACAUUGUAGAUUUCCACACACCAUUUCCAAAGCCUUUCCAUAAACCAAACCAGAGUCUGUGAAGAACAAAAAAAGAAACCCAUGAGAAACUAUGACUGCAAUCACCUCCCCCCAGUCCCACAUAGAGAACCUUCCUUGAAGUCAUUCCUAAAAGAAUUACUUACCCCAGCACCCAAAGAAAAUAGUACACUCCUUUUUCUCGCUCGACCCCCUGGAGGAGGGCUUUGUCCUUGGCAGCUCCCCUCCUCCACCCUGGACCCGACUCCCCUGGCAUGGCCUUUGGCAUCAGGGAGCAAAUACUGUCAGCGCUUUGCUUCACUCACCCUCCGCAACUCUUCUCAACCCUCAUCUGCCUGAUCAAAUCUGCUUUGUUUUCUUGGGGGGGGGGGAGAAAAAAAAAGACACUUUUGUCAGGACACUUUGUGUCAAGAUGUAUCACAGUCCGGAUCAAUUGACUGUGAGGGUGUUAUGCAUAUGCAGCACGGCACAAUGUAAACUUGUAAACACUUUUUUUGUUGGUUUUUUUGUAUUUAUUUUUUCAAAACAAGGUUUUGUCUAGUCUGAAAUACAGAGGAGAGCUUGUUGCAAAUAUAGGACAUUGCCUGUUUUUCACUGAAACAAAUUGCACAUGGAAAUGCUUUUCUUGCUUUGUGCUGUAAGGAGAUUUGACCACUCAGAGGGGUAUCUGGCUGGUGGUGGCGACUCCACUCCAGCAUUAUUUUCAUUCAGUGGUGGGUCAGUCCACUUUUCCCUCUGCACAACUUCAGAAACAAAAACUUGCUCCAGAUCUGUGGGAUGCAUCUGAUUUUUGCCAUCAUCAGGUGACUAGUUCUCAUCUUGAGACAGCAGCAGAAUGGAGGUAGUUGUUUAAGAAAUGCAAAGAAACCAGACGGUUCUCAACACUGACUGUCUGCUAUAGCACCCUCUUUCCAGUGGGGGGUACUGCAGCCCCUCUACCCACUGCAGGGGUGCCAGCCACAGCCAUCGGUUAUCAGGGAAACUCGAAGGACAACUCCAGGAGGUGGCGAUGGUGAUGGUCUCUUGAUUUUGAAUUACAUGUAGAUAUUGCACUUUAACAGCCAUCCUCUCAUUCUGAAUCAACUAGUGCUUCCUUCUCUGUGUGUGUGUGUGUGUGUGUAUGUGUGUAUUUUCAGUGUAUAUGUGACUGUGUGUGUGAGUGAGAGAACAUUGUAUGUGUGGGUGUGCUCAGUAUGGACCCACACUACUUUUCUCACACCAGACUCUCGAACAGACUGGAACCUCGUUAACACCAUGAGCACACCCGCCUCUGUCUGCAGUGCAUGCUGGGACAUUAAACGCAGCUCCUCCACAGCACAGCAAAAGGCUGAGGGCUUCUGGGCGUCUCCAUGGAAACCGCCCGACCCACUUUACAAAAAUCGGCAGCUACGAGCUACACUGCAAUCCAGACAUUUGACAUCAUGCAAAAAUGCCUGUGAGGAGUCGACAUGUAAGGUGCAGAGACUAAAAACUAAAACGGGUGUGGGGAGUGUUUUAAGUGUUGAACAUAUUCCUCUGCCACACUGUUGGCAGCAGGCACUUGUAUAUGCAAUCUCAAUUUAAAGAAUUCUAUGUGACAGAAGGCCCCUGCAAGGUUGCCAUAUAAAGACGGGGGAUCCCGUGGAGAUGUGACGUCUGUUUGUCUAGUAGUAUUUGAUGUGAGCUCACAGGUGUGCGUUUGUGACAGCGAGAGAACGAAGCCCAAAGGAUGGACAUUUCUGGAACAGUGACUUUGAGGGAAAUCUGAUUUCCCCUCCUACACACACUCACCUCCUUUUUUCUUUUUAUCUACUCUUGUCCCCUCUUGCACAAGGGCAUUAACUCUCCAUCAACCCUAGCUGAAGGAGCAGAGGGGCAGCAGGGAACGCAUAGAUGAAUGGAUUGCUUUCCUCCACCGCCCUCGGUCCCAUUGUCACUUUUCAAAGCACCUGGAUGAGAGCAGACUUGAAGGAAUAAUAAUAUUUUUAAAAAAGUUGGAUGCCCUUAAGCUGCUACUCUAUUGUGGUUCAAAUGGCUGUGUAUACUGGAUGGAGGUGACCACACAGGGCCUAUAGACUCCUCCACACACCCUCUGACAUCCUUGUACAUCACCCCUCCUCCCCCUCAACCUUUUCAGUGCAUCUUCUGUACAUACAGGACCUCAUUUUUUAUGCUUUUUGUGGGGAAGGCACGUCUGUACUGUAUUUUGAGUUGAUUCAGAAUGUGCAGUGCUAAGGUUGUUUUUUUUGUUUUUGUUUUUUUCAAUUUUUUUUUUUUUGUGUGUGUAUUUUUGUUGCUCUGUGUGGUCAUGUCCCAGUUGCCAGGUUUGAGUGGUAACACGACAGUAGGGGGGGAAAAACACUGCUCCUCUUUUUGUCCUCAUCUUUACACACACCGUACCUUCUCACCGGUUGUCUGACUUGCAUCUUUCUUACCAAAAGACACUUUUUUUGGAAGAGGAAAAGUGAAAUUCAGAUGCCAUACUUGUCGUAGCUCUGCAUAGAUCCAGAUUGUAUGGAAAUCCUGUGUACAAACUAAGCGCACACACUUUAGAAAACACACGUUAGAAAUGGAAAUUGAACACGAGAAGACUGGUAUGUAUUUCUUGAUUGAAUGCGACCUGAUGCACUGUGAGCUCAAUGUGACGUGGGAGUUGUUUGUCAAGGAUAAUAAAUGAUUAAAAAAUAUAUUUAAUGUAAAGUUAGUUACUAUAAAACAUUAUUGAGGACAUCUGUAUAACUUAUAUGAAUGUAUUGUCUUGCUAUACUGGACAUAUCCAACCAAUGCAUUUUACUGUAAAGCAAUAAUGUGAAGAAAAAAAUAAAAUAGCAAAAUAAUUCCUGUA